CCAAACCUCAACCUCACUCAAUUCCGUAUUCUGUCUGCAAAGAUCGACUCUCAUCCAAAUACACAUUUCCACUGGCUCAAGCAAGUCUGUCUAGGUUUUUGUCCAGUCUCCAAGCACCAUGCCGCAAUCGUCGAAUCCCGGGAAAGAGGAAUCCGGCAAGGAAAUGGGUUUCAAUGAAAUGGUCAGAGCUGCAGGCUUUACCUCCUUCAAUCAAUUCCUGCUCUCCUACAACCUUCGAGUGUACAAUGAUGAAGGCGUCCAAGAAGGCAAGGCUAUUCUGAAAGUUCUUUUCGACAAGAAAUAAAUAGGUCAGAUCCUGCCGCCGAAACCGCUACAUCCAUCGAUCCCCAAAAUGUUGGCUGGUACUGAAAUGGAAAAGAAGAAGCCAGCCAGCUGAGGAUCUGGCAAGCGCUAUCUGGGAAUGCCAACGCACAGGCCAGCAUAUCAUACGUAGUACACCGACACGGGCACAUAUGGUCCUUCUUUCAUAG